AUGAAAGGGCUAACCCAAUUUUUAACGCCAAAAAAAGUUAAAUGUGGAUGUUCGAUUAAUCAUUUAAUACCUUUCUAAUAAAUAAUGAGGUUAAGAAGUGAUCAGAAAAAUUGGAAACAUUUGUAAUUUAAAUAUGAUAUUUUUAGAAUACAAAAUUGA